AUGCUAGCCAAACGUAAGGCUGAAGAAAACCUCGAAGGAGACAGAGAGGAAAAGAAGGUCGCCCUGGAGCCUGUGGAGCACGAGCAGUUACAGACAGAGGAUGCUGAGCAUGCGGAAGCUGCGGAGGCACCCGUCGAAGAAGACCAUGAUGGGGACGCUGGAAAGCAAGAGGAGGAUGAAGAGGAAGGCGAAGAUACCAAAACACCGGACGACCCCACCCUAGACGAAGACGACAAAGAGGAAGGCGAAGCUGAAUCCUCCAACGACCCAUCCUCAGCCCCAGCCGACUCAUCGUCUGCCGCUCCUGUUCCAACUCCAGCCUCAGUGCAAAAUGACUGGCAAGCCAUCUACGCAGCCCCUUACAACGCAUACUACUUCUAUAAUGUCAAGACGGGUGAAACGACUUGGGUGAACCCUCUCGACCCUUCCGCUGCAGCCCACGUCGAGGCACCAUCGGGUCACGCCACCGUACCAGCCGCGCACGUUCACCCUUCUGCUUCCCCAUCCAGUUCUACGCCAGCGCCAACAUCGACGUCUUCCGCUGCGAACGCUCUGAACAACCCCUGGGCAGCGCCUGUACAACAUUCAGAUUCCCCAGGGGAGGGCAUCGACCCUUUGCUGUAUCAUCUCGACUCGACCCUUUCCUCUCCCGCUCUCACCUCAUCACAUCCAGGACAGUACACCUCCCAAGCGCGGUUCAACGCUCACACUGGCAGGUUCGAGAGUGAUCCUACUCGCCGGCCAGAGAAGAUGGGCGAAUGGGAACGUUGGCGCCGGAUGGGGCAGGUAUACUUUGACGUCAAUAGCUGGGAGAAGGAGGUAGAGGAGCGGAAGGAGAGAGAGGAGAGGGAGGGGAAAGAGAAGAAGAAACCAACGAAGAAGGAUCUUGAACGGUUUGCGGAAGCGAAGAAGCGGAAAAAAUUGGCCAAGACGGCUUGGUUGAGGAACUGA